UUGUUGUAGCUCCUAAGUCUUCUCUCUCAAUAACCAAACAGCAUAUUUUCAACUAUUUGUUCUUUGAAAACUUUAUCUUUGACUUUUGUUUCUACAAUCAUAGCUAAGGUAUUUACUGGUAGAAGUUUAUGAAGCUCCCUGAUACCAUAUAUCUAGAGCAACACAGUUAAGAGAGCUUUAGACACUUCUCUUUAAGGUGAUUACUGCUUCUUGCCCAACUCUCAGACUACUUUCUGCCAGAGUUUUUCAAAUGCAAAAUCCAAGAUGCAGCUUUCUAAUUCUUUUCAUUCAACUUGUUUCCAUCAUUAGCUUUUGCCACUACGCAAGGCAAAUAAGAGGUGAAGAUAAUAAAACUAGUGCUAUAGAGGUGGAUGUGGGCAUAAUUCUUGAUCUGGAAACAAAUGUGGGAAAAGUAAUGAACAUAUCUAUCUUACUAGCCCUGGCAGAUUACCAUGCCAACGCUAGUCGCGGUGCCAUUAAGAUAGUUCCUCAUUUCAGGGAUUCCAAGAGAGAUGAUGUUGAAGCAGCAUCUGCUGCCAUAUACUUGCUAAAGGAUGUCCAAGUGCAAGCUAUCUUUGGGCCACAAAUGUCUACACAAACUGAUUUUGUGAUUGACAUAGGGAACAGAACAAAAGUCCCUAUCAUUUCUCCAGCAACAAGUCCUUCACUCUCAGUCAAGGAAAAUCCCUUUUUCAUUAGAGGAGCACUUCCUUCUUCCAGCCAGACUAAAGCCAUUGCAGCCAUUGUUAGAAACUAUGAUUGGAGGCAGGUUGUGAUCAUCUACGAGGAUAGCUCCUAUGGAACUGGGAUAGUUCCACAUCUGACUGAUGCUUUACUGGAAAUCAACACUUUAGUCUCCUAUAGAAGUGUUAUUUCUCUUUCAGCCAAUGAUGAUGAAAUCCUCAAGGAGUUAUACAAUUUGAACACAAAGCAGACCAGGGUAUUCAUCGUGCACUUGCAACCAUAUCUUGCCUCACGCCUUUUUCUCAAGGCCAAAGAAGCCGGGAUGAUGAGCAGUGGAUAUGCAUGGAUCAUCACAGAUGUGCUAACAAGUCUUCUGGACUCGGUAGAUCAUUCAGUCAUUGAGUCAUCAAUGCAAGGUGUUCUUGGUAUAAAACCUUAUAUUCCAAGAUCAAAUGAGCUUAACAAUUACACGAGGAGAUGGAGAAAGAGAUUCCGUCAAGAGUAUCCAGACAUGGACCCAGUUGAACUCAAUGUUUACGGGCUAUGGGCAUAUGAUAGCAUCACCGCAUUAACAAAAGCAAUAGCAAAAGUGGGCACUACCAUCAUCCCAAAAUUCAAGAAAGCAGACACUAGAGAGAAUUUAACGGACUUAGAUGCACUUGGAACCUCAGAAUUUGGAUCUCUGCUCCUCGACUCUAUGCGAAAUACAACGCCAAAAAAAGGACUAAGUGGUGAAUUCCGUAUCAUUGAUGGAGAAUUGCAGCUAUACACAUAUGAGAUUGUGAAUAUAAUUGGGAAAGGAGAGAGAAGCGUUGGAUUCUGGACAGAGAAGGAUGGCAUUUCGCAUAAACUGAAGAUGAAUAGUAAAACAGCUAAGAGUAUGAAUGAGCAACUAGCGGCCAUCAUUUGGCCUGGUGAAUCUAUUAUUGUUCCGAGAGGCUGGGAAAUACCCACAAGUGGGAAGAAGUUGAGGGUUGGAGUUCCUGUCAAAGGAGGGCUGGAGCAAUUCAUUAAAGUGGAAAUAGAUGCCAAAACACAAGCAGUAACUGCAACUGGUUUCAUUCCAGAUGUCUUCAAAGAAGUUAUCCAAUCUUUGCCAUACGCCAUCCCUUACGAAUUUAUUCCAUUUCCAAUAGAUAGCCCCACUUCUCAAGACUAUGAUGAUCUUGUUUACAAGAUCUCCUCAAAGGAAUAUGAUGCAGUUGUAGGUGAUGUGACCAUUUUAGCGAGCCGAGCCAAGUAUGUGGAUUUCACAUUACCUUUUUCAGAGUCCGGUAUUUCUGCUGUUGUGUCGGUAAAGAAUGAUGAUAGAAAGAAUGCUUGGAUUUUCUUGAAACCUCUAAAGAGCGAGCUUUGGAUAACAACAGGAGGAUUCUUCAUCUUCAUUGGUUUUGUGGUUUGGGUACUUGAACAUCGUGUAAACAAAGAGUUUCGAGGACCCAAACACAAGCAAGUUGGGAUGAUAUUCUGGUUUUCCUUCUCAACUCUCGUUUUUGCUCAUAGAGAGAGGGUUACUAGUAACUUAACAAGAUUUGUGCUGAUUGUGUGGGUUUUCGUGGUUCUGGUGCUGACAUCAAGUUAUACAGCCAACUUAACAUCUAUGUUGACAGUGCAACAGCUCCAACCUUCUAUAACUGACCUCGCAUUUCCAAAAGGAUCUCCUUUGGUACCUGACGUCUCAAGAGCAGUCUUGCAGGUGAUGGAAGGAGAGUUUAUGAAUAACAUAAUACAGAAAUGGUUUGGGAAUGAAACAGAUUGUCCAAAGCAAGAUGGAAUGGCUAUAGCAUCUAGCCUCACACUAGAUAGUUUUAUGGGCCUUUUCCUCAUAGCUGGUGUAUCAGCAGGCUCCGCUCUUCUCCUAUUCUUCCUCAUCUUCCUUUAUCAGAAUAGAGAAAUCUUAGCCACUGAUGAUUCAGUAUGGCAAAAGCUUUCUGCAAUAGCAAAUGCCUUUGAUAAAGAGAGAGACAACUCUAAUUCUAUGUCAGAAGAGCCAUCUGAAGGCAAUGAAAUCCAAACAGCUACACUGUUUGCAGAAAGUGAAGCUUCUACUGAAAUAUUGCCCCACCUUCCUUUGCAAAGCCCAGAAAUCAGAAUUUCCGACGGCUUAGGAGCAUCCCCUGCACUUGAAGGGUUCUCUACAACAGAACCUGGAACUCCAGUUCAUGAAAACAUUACAGGGAUAACUUAAGAGAGAUAAGCCAGGUUUAAAAUAGUUAAACCAUAUUAUAUUUGCAUUAAGAGGCGUCUUUAGUAUAUAGAAUUUAUGGGUUUAACCUUCAACAUCUUACAAUUGAAUUCCUUGCACUUUUGUAAUAUGCAUUCAAAAUUAAAUAUUUAUUGAAUUACUAAUUU